UACCUUUUCCCUCCUUUUCCAACUUCAAUGAGCAUCUUCCACCGCCCUCCGCCGUCCUCCUCCGCCCUCAAAUGGCUCGGCUUAGUUACCGCCGUCUGGGUCCAAUCCAUCUCCGGCAACAAUUACACCUUCUCCAACUACUCCGCUGCCCUCAAAUCCCUCAUGAACCUCUCUCAACUCCAACUCAACAAUCUCUCCGUCGCAAAAGACCUCGGAAAGGCCUUUGGUCUUCUCGCCGGCAUCGCCUCCGACCGCCUCUCCACAUCCCUCCUCCUCCUCAUCGGAUCCAUCGAGGGCCUUAUUGGCUACGGCGCUCAAUGGCUCGUCGUCAGUCAAAAAAUCAACCCACUCCCUUACUGGCAGAUGUGUAUCUUUCUUUGUAUGGGAGGUAAUAGUACCACUUGGAUGAACACCGGCGUGCUUGUUACUUGCUUAAGAAACUUCCGGCGAAACAGAGGCACCGUUUCCGGUAUUCUCAAAGGCUAUAUCGCUCUCAGCACCGCCAUUUUCACCGAUAUCUGUUCCGCUCUUUUCUCCGAUAAUCCCUCUUCUUUUCUCGCUCUCCUCUCCCUCGUCCCCUUCGCCGUUUGUCUCACUGCUAUUCUUUUCCUCCGUGAAAUCCCCUGCUCCGCCGAUAACGAAACAGAGGACUCCAGAUACUUCUGGAUACUCAACGCUGUUUCCGUCAUUGUCGCCGUCACUCUCUUGGCCUUCGAUUCGAUCCCAAAUCCCACCUCAUCUAUAUCGAGAAUCUUCUCCAUCGUAUUGCUGAUUUUUCUCGCUUCACCUCUGGCAAUCCCACUCCACUCGUUCCUGAAGAACAGAGGUCGGUCCGGUGAGAUCGCAGAGGCGUUGCUGGCGGAUGAGAGUGUGGCGGAGGGUGUGGUAGAGGGGCAGCCGGUGAUCGGAGAAGAUCACACGAUUGUUGAGGCGAUGAAGACGGUUGAAUUUUGGAUUCUGUUUGGGUCGUUUCUGUGUGGAGUGGGCACGGGAUUGGCAGUAAUGAACAAUAUGGGACAGAUUGGAUUGGCUCUUGGAUACGACGACGUUUCCAUCUUCAUAUCUCUGAUGAGCAUUUGGGGGUUCUUUGGCCGUAUUCUAUCGGGAUCGGUGUCGGAGCAUUUCAUCAGGAAAGAUGGAAUGCCAAGGCCACUAUGGAACGCAGCUUCUCAAGUUCUAAUGGCACUUGGCUACAUUCUCUUAGCCAUUGCCAUGCCUGGUUCCUUAUACAUCGGCUCAAUCAUCGUAGGGAUCUGCUACGGCGUUCGUCUUGCCAUCACCGUCCCGAUGGCCUCUGAAGUCUUUGGUCUCAAAAACUAUGGCAUGAUCUACAACGUUCUAAUCCUCAACCUCCCUCUCGGUUCGUUCCUCUUCUCGGGGCUACUGGCCGGGAUCCUUUACGACAUGGAGGCGACAAGAAGGAAGGGAGGUGGCAAUUCGUGUGUGGGAGGACAUUGUUAUAGGCUUGUGUUUGUUGUAAUGGCUUGUUCAUGUGUGAUAGGGUUUGCUAUGGACUUGUUUUUGGCCUCUAGAACCAAGAGAUUGUACUCCAAAAUGAGGGUUCUUAUAAAGAGUUAAAAGGUGACAAAGCCAUUUGGUCUUUACUUGCAUCUCUACAGAUAUAUGUUUUUUUCCCCUUUAUUCUUGAAGUCUUAAAUAGUUAUUACUGUUUCGAAAAAUAAUACAUUAUUGUAAAUAUGA